AUGAUUGAACCCAUUGCUAUUAUCGGAUCCGGAUUUCGUUUUCCUGGAGGCGCCGACACACCCUCGAAACUCUGGUCUGUUAUCCACAACCCUCGUGACCUGAGUAGCAAACCGCCGACUUCUCGCUUUGAUAUAGACUCAUUCUACCAUCCUGUUGGCACACAUCAUGGUACCACCAACGCUACCAAAUCUUACUGGCUGGAGGACACAGAUAAGAGCAAUGUUACCAAAUUUGAUGCUGGGUUUUUCAAUAUUCAGCCUAGUGAGGUGGAUGCCAUGGAUCCCCAGCAACGUGUGCUAAUGGAAGUUGUCUACGAUGGCCUCUGUGCUGCUGGGCAGCCUAUGGAGAAAUUGCGAGGUUCUGAUACUGCCGUUUAUGUUGGCCUAAUGUCCGAUGACUGGAGCACUAUGUUAACGCGAGACUGGGAGACAUUACCCCGAUAUACUGCUACAGGGCUCGAAAGAGGCAUUGUAGCAAACCGUGUGUCAUAUUUCUUUGACUGGCAUGGACCAAGCAUGACUAUUGAUACUGCAUGCUCUAGCAGUUUGGUUGCUCUUGAUCUCGGUGUCCAAGCUCUACGAAGCGGCAAGUCAAAGGUAGCGGUUGCUGCCGGCACGAAUCUGAUAUUGAGUCCAGCCAUGUACAUCUCCGAGAGCAACCUUGGGAUGCUUUCACCUACCGGACGCUGUGCUAUGUGGGACGCCUCCGCGGAUGGGUAUGCGCGAGGCGAGGGUGUUGCGGCUGUUGUGCUGAAAACACUUUCCCAGGCUAUAGCAGAUAAUGACCCAAUUGAAUGCAUAAUUCGUGAAACGGCAGUCAAUCAGGAUGGCAAAACUACUGGUCUGACGAUGCCCAGCAAUGUUGCGCAGACAAAUCUUAUCCGCGAGUGUUAUGCUCGGGCAGGGCUAGAUCCAGUCAACAAUCUGGAGGAUAGGCCACAAUUCUUCCACGCCCAUGGCACGGGUACUCAGGCAGGGGAUCCCCAAGAAGCCGAAGCUAUUUCGAAUGCGCUAUUCCCUGCUGGAUCCUACGCCGAUAAGAUGGCAGACAAGCUGCUUGUCGGCUCUAUCAAAACUGUCAUUGGGCAUACUGAAGGCACCGCUGGCCUGGCUAGUGUCAUCAGCACCUCUUUGGCGUUGAAAUACGGCGUGGUUCCUCCCAACCUGCACUUUGCAAACCUCAGUGCCAAAGUGGCUCCAUUCUUUAAGCACUUGGAUAUUCCUACUGUCCCAACCCCAUGGCCUGCCAAGGAAGAUCAACCCCAAAUGAUCCUUUUUUCCCCCAUUACCGUGCUAACACUACCGUUUGACAGCUUUGGCUUCGGUGGAACCAAUGCCCACUGCAUUUUGGAGCAGUAUAUUCCAGAAAAGAAGGCUGUAUCUCCUAUUUUUACUCCUUUAACCUUUUCCGCUUCCUCAGAGAUCACACUUCGAGAGAUGUUGUCGCAACAUCUCGAUUAUCUCGUCGCAAACCCGGAAACUGAAUUUUCUGAUCUUGCCUAUACCUUACAGCAUAGGAGAUCCACCCUAUCGUACCGAAAAGCAAUUGCGGCGAUGACAAUACAAGAUGCUAUCAAAUCCCUAGAUGAGAUUGUGAAUUCUACCUCGAAUGCUACAGGUAGUGCAGAGCUUGGAACGAGAUUUGGGACUAUCUCUGACCCAAAGAUAAUUGGCAUUUUCACCGGACAAGGUGCUCAAUGGCCACGAAUGGGAGCCCAGCUCCUUGAAACCUCUAUUUUUGCUGCAUCUCGUAUAUCUGAGCUGGAUUCCGCUCUUCAAAGUUUGCCAUCCCCUGGAGAUCGGCCUACAUGGACACUCAAGGACCAACUCCUUGCAGGAAAGGACACAUCACGCAUAGCGGAAGCUGCUCUCUCCCAGCCUCUGUGCACGGCUGUGCAGAUAAUCCUCGUCGAUAUUCUCCGAGAAGCAGGCAUCUCUUUUCGUGCUGUGGUUGGUCACUCGUCUGGUGAGAUUGGUGCCGCUUAUGCAGCAGGCUUUAUAUCUGCACAGGAUGCUAUACGCGUUGCUUACUUCCGCGGUGUCCACGCACGGCUAGCAUCUAGCCCAAAUGAACAUGCCCCUCGUGGAGCCAUGAUGGCUGUUGGUGCAUCAGCUGACGAUGCUCGCGACUUUUGCGCUACGACAGGGUUCUCUGGUAGGCUUCAGGUUGCUGCCGUAAAUUCAGCCUCUAGUGUGACUCUGAGUGGAGAUGAGGACGCUGUAACUGAAGCCGAAGAGAUUUUCAAAUCUCAGGGGAUCUUUGCCAGGAAACUCAAAGUUGAUACCGCAUAUCAUAGUGCCCAUAUGGCAUCAUGUGCUGGGCCGUAUUUCUCUUCUUUAGAGGGAUGUGCCAUCCAGUCAGUCGCACCGCUACAGGGGUCAGCUACUACUUGGUUUUCGAGUGUUUACGCGGGCGAACCGAUGACUAGUGACAGACUUACUAACCAAUACUGGGUUGACAAUAUGUGUAAUGCUGUGCUAUUUGCUGAUGCACUUUCGAAAGCUCUGAAACACGUUGACCAAUUUGACCUUGCUAUCGAGGUUGGCCCACACCCUGCUCUGAAAGGCCCUGCAACAUCUACUAUUGGUAGUAUUCCCUAUACAGGGUUGCUCUCCCGCGGACUUGAAGAUGUUACGCAACUCAGCGAUGCCCUAGGCUUUAUCUGGACUCGACUUGGCUCUGGAAGCGUGCGAUUCUCUGACGUCGAAACACUACUCUCUGGUGUCCAAAGUAGGAAAAGUUUGAAAGACUUACCUUCAUAUCCAUUCGAGCACCAGCGCAGCUAUUGGACGAAUAGUCGUCUGGCCAACCAUUUUAAAAACAGACGAGCUAUACAUCUUCCUAACCCAGUUUUGGGCAGCCCUUGCUCUGAGGCUACCACUCCUGGGGAAUUCCAAUGGCGCAACUUCCUGCGACCAAAUGACAUGCCCUGGCUCAAGGGUCAUAGGCUCCAAGGUCAAACCGUUUUUCCCGCCACUGGAUAUGUGAGCAUGGCGGUAGAAGCUAUUAAGGGCAUUGUGUUUGACAAUGGAGCUGGGAACUCCAUCGGCAUGAUUAGACUAACUGAUGUCGACAUUCCUCGAGCAAUUGCGUUUAACGAUGAUGAUUCUAGCAUCGAGAUCAUUUUCAGCUUGUCUUCAAUCGAUAUCUCACCCACUACUAUUACAGCGGAGUGGGGUUGCUACUCAGUGGCUGAUGGCAGUAAUAUCCUGCUAAAUGCCAAAGGCAAGGUUUCUGUCCAACUAUCAUCUGCUAAACCUAAUACCCUACCUCUAGUUAAGGCGGAGCCCUUCAACCUUGUUGCUGUUCAGGAUGAUCGUUUCUAUUCAAACCUCUCCACAGUUGGGUAUGGUUACUCUCAUCCGUUCAGAGGGGUGUCAGAUAUACAACGAAAGUCUGGCUAUAGUAUCGGUACGCUUUUUGACCAGUCCGGAUCUGAGUGGGAUGAUAAUUUGGUCCUUCACCCUGGUAUGCUCGAUUCCGCGCUCCAGACCGUUUUUGCAGCGUGGUCAUAUCCUGGAGAUACCCAGCUAUGGUCAUUGCAUGUUCCUGUUUCAAUCUCUUCUGUGACUAUAAAUCCAUACUUCACGAUACUUGGUGCCGGUGGCAAGCAGGGCACCAUGAAAUUCGAGACCCUUAUUCGAAGCAAGCAAAGAUCUCAGAUUAUUGGAGAUAUCUAUCUAAAUACGGAUAAUAAAUCUCACGCUAUUGUGCAGUUUGAAGGUGCAACUCUGGUUCCAUUCUCCCCAGCUACUCCUAAGAAUGACCUUCCAAUGUUUUCCCACUUCGAAUACCGAGUUGCAUCACCUGAUGGACUGUUGGCCGCUGAGGGUGAAACAGUGACUGACUUUGAAGUCCAGAUGUACAAGGAUAUUGACCGUGUCUCCUACUGGUUUGCACGUCAUGCCUCUAUAUCAAUCCCGGUUGAGGAGCGUGCUGGCCUGCUCCCUCAUUUUCAAAAAUACCUACAGUGGUGCGACCGUAUGGUUGGCAUGGUCAGUCGAGGCGAAACUCCGAAGGUUGAACCAGAAUGCAACAAUGAUUCUCGUGAAGAUAUUGGCAAGAUUCUGGCCCGUUACAAGGGCCGAAAGGAUAUUCGCUUCGUUGAAGUGGUAGGGGACAAUUUGAUUCCCGUCAUUCGCGCUGGAAAUUCCAUGCUUGAACACAUGAACCAGGACGGCCUUCUCCGAGCCUUUUACGAGGAGAAUGCCAUAUGUGCCGGCCCAACAAGUCGUUGGCUCGCUCGGGUUGUAUCACAAAUUUCACAUCGGUACCCUGGUCUCAAUAUCUUUGAAAUCGGAGCUGGAACAGGCGCAACUACAUCAUCGGUACUCCGCAAUCUUAAGGGUGCGUACUCGUCUUAUACUUUUACAGAUAUUUCCAGUGGAUUUUUUAUGGCAGCAGAGGAAAGAUUCGCCAAAGAAAGUGGUCGUAUGACCUUUAAGGUGUUUGAUAUGGAGAAAGGCCCAGCGGAACAAGGCUUCAUCGAAGGCUCAUACGAUCUGAUUGUGGCUGUUAAUGUGCUUCAUGUAUCUGCUGACAUGGAAGCGUCAAUGUCUAAUAUCCGUCGUCUCCUCAAACCCGGUGGUUACAUAGUGGUGGGUGAGCUCACCUCUACUGAUCUCUUAUUCAGUGGUAUGACUGUGGGAACUCUCCCGGGAUGGUGGAUUGGUGCUGAGACAGGCCGCCCAUGGGGACCAUUGCUUACCCUUGACCAGUGGGAUUCAGUGUUGAAGAAAACUGGGUUCUCUGGAAUUGAUACUGUCACUCCUAACAUUGAUUCUUCUCUUCCAAUCAGUGUAUUUGUUGGCCAGGCUAUUAACGAUCAAGUCACGCUUCUACGAAACCCCCUUAAUGUCCAAGAGCACCCUGUGGGCGUACGAACUGAUGCUCUUGCCAUUAUUGGGGGAACAACGGACCGCGUUAAAGAACUGGGGCAUAAUGUAUCUGGCAUUCUGUCCCACCGUUUUCCUGUCAAGGAGUUCUUCGAUACUGUGGAAGACUUUGCUUGCUCUACCAUGGCUCGUUCAGUAUCUAUUUCUGGUGCUGUAACAAUUCUUUCCCUCACGGAUCUUGACCAGCCAUAUCUUGAUGGCUUAACCACCGAUAAGUUCAAUGCACUUAAGGCAUGUACAACAGCUGGAACUGUUGUUUGGGUAACCUGUGGAUCCCGUGAAGAUACCCCAUAUAGCUACAUGAUGAUGGGUUUUGCCCGUACAAUCAAGAACGAGAACCCUGACUUGAAUUUACAGCUAUUUGACCUGGAUUCCAAAGCUGCAAAUGAUGGCAUUGAACCACAAACUGCAGCUAUCCUGGCUGAAACACUGUUAAGGCAACGGGUACUUCAAAGCUGGGGUAUCGAUGAAGACGCACUUCUGUGGACGGAUGAGCCUGAGGUGUUUAUGGAUAACGGGAAGCAGUUAAUUACAAGGCUACUGCCGGAUCCUGAGAAAAAUAUGCGUUAUAACUCACAGCGAAGAGAGAUAUUUACUGAAGCUAACCCCAUGAUAGAUACCCUGGAGCUUGUUGGAGCUGGCUCUGGUAAAGGGCGGGUUUUGGAGCUUCACAAAGUCUCACCACUGAGACUACCAAACAUUCCGGAAACCAAAUACCGCGCCUUGAGAAUUACUCAUUCUCUUCUUCAAACUGUUGCUGUGGGCGCAGCUGGAUUCUUCAGGCUAUGCAUGGGUGUUGAUGUCAAUUCGAAUGAAACCAUUCUGGCGCUUUCAAGUUCACCAGAAUCCCCUGUCAACGUCCCAGAACAUUGUUGUAUAGCUGUCCCCAGAACUUUUGAUAACAAUACCCUAGUCUCGAUAGCCUCCAGUAUUGUCGCUGAACGGGUCCUUUCGUUUACUCCUGAAGGGGGUAUCUUACUUGUGAACGAGGCAGACCCUUCUCUGGUGUCCGCUAUACAAAGGAAGGCCAGCGCUAAGGACGUGAAGCCCGUGUUCAUUACCGCUAAACUACGACAGAAUUCAAACGGCGAUUCACUCUUCCUGCAUCCAAACUUCCCCCGCCAUAUCAUCAAAUCCAUUGUCCCCGAAACUACGGCCGUUUUCUUACAUUUCUUGCGAGGAGAUACAUCUGAUGCUGUUAGAGAUUGCAUUAUCCCCUGUUUACCGGCUAGCUGCCUUCAAAUAAACGAAGAAGCGGUUCUAGGUCAUGAACUCACAGAGAUAUCCAGUGCGAAGUCGUUGAUAGAUAUAUCGCAGAUUCUACAAAGUGCGCUAAACGACAUCGAUAAAGCUGCAUCAGAGGAUGCCAAUUAUAUAUCUCUUGACUCUCUACCCUCGCAUGGAAUUAUAGGAGAACCAAUGACCGUUGUGCAAUGGACUACCAGUACUCCACUUACGGCCAAAGUCCAACCUAUCGACUCUGGAAUGUUAUUCAAAGCCAACCGCACAUACCUCUUCGUUGGCAUGGCGGGUGAGCUUGGUCAGUCUCUUGCUGGCUGGAUGAUUGCCCACGGGGCACGGAAUAUUGUCCUCACUAGCCGGACACCGAAGGUGAAUGCAUCAUUCAUAGAAGAUAUGAUGAAGAGGUACGGAGCUGUUGUCAAAGCCAUGCCUCUCAACGUUACGUCCCGAGAAUCUCUUCACUACGUACACACAGCUAUUACGGCUACUCUUCCUCCCAUUGCAGGUGUCGUGAACGGUGCCAUGAUACUGGAGGACGAACUAUUUUCCAGGAUGACGUAUGAACAGUAUACCCGCGUUAUUGAGCCCAAGGUCCUGGGUACUCAGCUAUUAGAUGAACGAUUCUAUGACGACAAAUCUCUCGACUUCUUCAUCGUGGCUUCUAGCAUUGCAUCCGUCAUCGGUUGGAGUGGCCAGAGCAAUUAUUCAGCAGCUAAUGAAUACAUGACUUCCCUUGUAUACAAGAGGCGCAACCGUGGAGUUGCAGCAUCUGCCAUGAGCAUCCCGGCUGUGCUCGGAGUGGGAUAUGCCGCGAAUUCGAUUAACUUUGACUUUGACUACUUCCAGUCAGUUGGUUAUAUCAAUAUUAGUGAAGAGGAUCUCCACAUUUUAUUCGCAGAGGCCGUGGUAUCAGGUCGGCCAAGCCAAGCGCCUCAGGUGAAAGCUCAAGUUGCCAUGGGAGUGAACUACUUGCCGAAUGAUUUCUUCGUCCAGGAAGCCCAUAGACGAGAUGUCAAGUUUAACCAUUUCAUUCAACGCGAAGAGACUGGCUCGGAGAUUCAGGCUGUCAAGUCUGGGGUACGUGUCAGGGUCCAACUACAAGCUGCCAAAAAUGCGGAAGAUUCCUACAUUAUUACUCGGGAUGCAUUCUUGAGCCACUUGAAACGUAUGCUGCGUAUGACGGAAGAACAGAAAUUGGAGGAUUCUAUAGCUCUUGUUGAUCAAGGCGUUGACUCACUUGUUGCUGUUGAUAUCCGCUCUUGGUUCCUUAAGGAACUGGAGGUUGAUAUCCCCACGCUCAAGAUACUAGGAGGAGGUUCAAUUGCCGAUCUAGUGAAGACUGCGUUAGAGAAUAUGGAACCCAUCAAAGAGGAUGCUCCUGAGAGCUCGGAGCCAUCUCCCAAACAAAAGCACCAGCCAGGAAAGCCUUCUGGGUCUAUACCGAAGAAAGAGACAGCCAGCUCCUCACCAUUAUCAAUGGGAAGCCCUGUAUUUACCCCCGCGCUCGGAGAUACUCCCUCGCCCUCCGAUGAUGACUCCAUCUCCACGCCUCUGCCAUCUCGAGAAGAUUUCGUGAAGAAAGGUGAUUUGAAGAGUCAAGGAAAGCCUAUACGUACUGUCAUUGCUUAG